CGCGCCGCCCGGCCGCUCCGGGGACGGGCCGGGGCGGGGCGCGGCGGCAGGAAGCGGGGCGGGGACUCGCGGAGGCGUUGGGGGAGCGAGGGAGGGCGCGACCAACUCCCGGAGGGACGACGGGCUGAGAGAGCGGCGCCCCGGCCUGGCGCCGAGCCUGAGCCCGCCGGACGGGAGGCGGCCCAGCCGCGGGCUCGGCCUGGGCCCCAGCCCCGCCAGCAUGGCCGGCCGGACCGUGCGGGCCGAGACCCGGAGCCGGGCCAAGGAUGACAUCAAGAAGGUGAUGGCGACCAUCGAGAAGGUCCGGAGAUGGGAGAAGCGCUGGGUGACUGUGGGCGACACUUCCCUUCGUAUCUUCAAGUGGGUGCCAGUGGUGGACCCCCAGGAGGAGGAGCGCCGGAGGGCAGGUGGAGGGGCAGAGAGAUCCCGAGGCCGGGAGCGGAGGGGCAGGGGCGCCAGUCCCCGAGGGGGCGGCCCUCUCAUCCUGCUGGAUCUCAAUGAUGAGAACAGUAACCAGAGUUUCCAUUCAGAAGGCUCUCUGCAGAAGGGCACGGAGCCCAGCCCUGGGGGCACCCCCCAGCCCAGCCGCCCUGUGUCACCUGCUGGACCACCGGAAGGGGUCCCAGAGGAUGCUCAGCCCCCACAGCUGGGCCAGGAGAGAGAUCCUGGGGGCAUACCUGCGGGCAGCACGGAUGAACCCCCCAUGUUGACCAAGGAGGAGCCUGUUCCAGAAUUGUUGGAGGCUGAGGCCCCUGAAGCUUACCCCGUCUUUGAGCCCGUGCCAUCUGUCCCUGAGGCAGCCCAGGGUGAUCCCGAGGACUCGGAGGGCGCCCCCCCACUCAAGCGCAUCUACCCAAAUGCCCCUGACCCCUGAGAAGCCGGCCUGCCUGUCCUGUCGCCCCGGGGGCCCCUUUGGCUUUUUACAAAUAAAGACCCUUUUGUAA